UUGACAAGCAACGUUACGUGAUAUUUUAUAAGUGUAUUUUUAAACCCGAAUUUCUAAUAUGGAAGUGAAAUUAGUUAUAAUAUGUGCUUUAUUAAAAAUAGUGGGUGCAAAAAUAUCUAUAAAUAUAAAUACUGAUUCAGGAAUACAUAAUGUGUCUAUUACGUACGAUGGCUCGGAUUCCCAAGUGGUGAACGCUCUAGACAUUGAUCGUUUCAAUCUUCGAAGUCAUAUUUUCAAAGAAGCUGUUAAAACUCAUUUUGGCGAGAAACCAAGCAAUAUCUAUUUCAAGUCGCCUACACCGUGGGAUGAUCUGUACAAAAAGUAUAAUUGGGAGCAAGUUACAAGAGUAAUAACAGUCAAAUCUGCAAGUGUACGUGACGUUAAAGUAAAACCCGUCAUAGUAUUGUCACACGAUUUCGAAAAUUCUUCUAACAAAACCAUAAAAGUAAACACUGGAAUAAGUCAGACUAUUGAACACACGAUAUCAACGAGUUGGUCUAAAAACCAAGAAGUCUCUAUCUCACAAGAAGUUGAAUACGAUUUAAAUAUUUUGGUCGCGAAAUUAUCCGGUACCACUGGAUUGACGUACACCUCUAGUCUAGGGAAGAGCGAAGAGAAAUCUGAAUCGGUAAGCGUCGGAGCGACUAGCGCUGUCGAAACGGAAUUGGCGCCAGGACAGGCCGUGACAGCUGUCCUGUCAGCUAAGCGCGGCCAUUUUGAAAUUGAGGUGGUAUACCAAACCACUUUGCGAGGAAAAUUAGCAGUGAAUUUCAAACGUGGGCACAAUGGGCACCAUUUUUAUGGACCUUCAAUUAAGAAGGUUUUUAAAAGUGGAGGUUUGAAAAAUGAAAUAACGGAGACGGAGCGUAUUAAAGUUGGAUUUUAUGCUGAAGCUUCGUUAAAGGUUUUUGAUAAGACUACUGGGUUACCUGUGUAAGGAUUUUAAGUGUAUUAAACUUUUGUUGAAAAUAGCCGUUUGCUUAUUUCACGCAAAGAAAACAGGAAAAAUCUAAACAGCGAACUGUAAUAGUAAUUAGGACGAAAGAAUGACCGGUAGGAUUGACCUCGAUUAGGUGGUUCGCCUAGGUUACGCGAAGCUCGGGCUGUGUUAGAUGGCGUUACAUCUGCAAAUUAUCAGUCUUAUUUUUUUUGUGAAGUCUUACAGGCAUUUAUAUACUUUCAAGUAUGCUUCGCGAACAUUUAAUAUUAAAAUUGACGUAUUAAAACAAAC